AUGAAUGGUAUAAAUAAAAAGGAAGUAAAACCUCAAGUUGAACUUCCUCCAAAUGAAAUUGAAGAUCCAGAAAAAUUGGAGCAAGAGAAGCGUGAAAAAGAGAAACAAGCUGAAGAAGCCUCUGAAAUAGCUAAUAAAUCAAUCAAUAAGCUUAUUGAUAAAGCUUUUGAAGGUAUUGAACCAGAAGCAUCCGAAUCUGUCCUAGUUCGUCCCCUAUUCCAAUUAGGCAUUAUAGGAUCAAUGAACAGAAAGUUCCAGGAAGUUGAAUUUCUCAAAGACGUCCUCCCUGAAUGGUCAGUCAAUCAGCAACAAGAGGAAGAAGGAAAGCCAUGCAAAUAUCAAACAGAAAAAGUAGUUUCUUCACUCAAAGAAGCAUACGUUUCCAAGGGUGGAAGUGAGUUUUACUCGCAGGCAAAGAUUAGACUUACUGUUAUAUUGGCCAAUGGAAAACUCAUACAGAUUCCAGACACGAAAAAGAAAGAAGAAAAGAGAAUCAAGCGAGAUAAAUUCUUAGUCAAACUUCCGCCUCAACAGCCAUACAGAGGAAUGUCAGAAGAAACUAAAAAAUGGAUAGCCAAAGCUGACAGAAAACCUCUUGAAGAUAGAGUUAAAGAUGAACUCAAAGAUCUUGAUAGUAAAAUUCAAGAAAGCAGAGAAAAAGAAGAACAAGAGAAAAGAGAGAAGAAAAAGAAGUUAGAUAAUGAAGCUAUUAGCAAACUCCAAGAAAAGGAACAGCAGAAAUCUAUUCAAUACCAAACAAAAAUGCAAGCAUACAGGCAAUCCAAGUCAAAGCUAGACAAGCCAAAGCCAAUAUCUUAUGAAGAAUACUUGCAGAUCAAAGAAAAGCAAAAACAUGCUAAACUUCCAGGUGGAUAUCAAGAAAGAAUUAAUGCAAUGCAUAAGAUUAUAGAAUCCAAACAAAAGAAGCCGGAGCCAAGGACUUCAUACAAAGAAUUUCUGGAAAAGAAAGAUGUGCUCUUCAAAGAUGUUAACAAGCCUAAUGGUUGGGAUCAAAAGAUUAAUCAAAUGAGACUUGGUUAUGAAUUAGCUAAAAAGAAGAGAGAAGAAGCAGAAAAAGCCAAGGAAAUCUUCCCAUCAUCUCCAAAGAGUUCACGAAAGUCUGUAUCUAGCUUUUCUUCAGUUUCUACAUUGAAAGAAAACUCAAACACUCAUAAUUUAGAUAUUGAUGAAGAUUCAAUUCAAGAACCAGUGUGA